AUGGAAAUUCGUGAACGUUUACUCUGUGAGGUAUUAAGUAUGCCAAAUAAUCGCCGACAAGGUCGCAAAUCGAUGCGUGAACGAAAUGACGGAACUUCGAAUAAUGCAACGUUAACCAAAACAAAUUUAGCAAUGGAUCCUUCUGCAAGUCCAUGUCCCCUGCUUUUUAACGGACCAUCAUUACCUGGUAUGAGAAUACUUCAUGCGAAUAUAAUGAAAGAUAAAGAUAAAUCAGAUGAAAGUGGUGAUAUAAAACGCACUCCUUCAGAAAAUACGACUUGCGAACCUUCAACAUCUAAUGAUUCUGAAGUUCAUCAGACUAUUGAUGAUGCGCCUGAUAACGGUUUACAAGUCAUGUUGGCAUUACCGGCACCUCCAAAUGAUGCAUCCGCAUCAUUAGCUAAUCUUGAUGAAAAUAAUCAUCGUUAUGUGGGUUUAGUCAAUCAGGCUAUGACUUGUUAUUUAAAUUCAUUGAUACAAACAUUGUACAUGACACCAGAAUUUCGAAAUGCUAUCUAUGGGUGGAAAUUCAGUGGUCCUGAAGCUGCAGAAGCUAAGAGUAUACCUUGUCAACUGCAGAAGUUAUUUUUGCUCUUGCAAACAAGUGAUCAUGAGUCGUUAGAAACUAUUGAUUUAACUGCAUCCUUUGGUUGGAGCAAUUCAGAGGCUUAUGAACAGCAUGACAUUCAAGAAUUAUGUAGAAUUAUGUUCGAUGCACUAAAACAAAAAUGGAGCAGAGCAGAUGCAAGUUUCCAAGAUUUAUAUAGGGGCAGUAUGGAGGACUUUGUCAAAUGCCUUUUUUGCCAAAAGGAAAGUGUUAAACAAGAUGAAUUUCUUGAUUUGCCACUAGCAGUGAAACAGUUUGGCGCUAGCAACGCUUUCGGAAGUGUGGAAGAAGCGCUUCAUGCGUUUGUAAAACCGGAGGUAUUGGAAGGAAGCAACCAAUAUUAUUGUGAAGGCUGUAGAAAGAAACAAAAUGCGUUAAAGGGUUUGAGAGUGACAAAAUUCCCUUAUUUGCUUUCAAUACAGUUAAAGCGCUUUGAUUUUGAUUGCAACACACUUCAUCGGAUCAAAUUAAACGAUAAAAUGACGUUUCCAUCUUUACUCAAUUUAAAUGAAUUUGUUUACGAUGCAACGAAGAGCGAACCACCAAAGAAAAUGAGUUGGGCUUCAGCAGUUUCAACUCCAAGGAAAAAAGAAGAACAGAAGUCACCAGUAUCGACUGUGUCUGAUUACGUAUCUCGUGCUGAACAAAGCAACGGACAUUUGGAUGAAAAUGAAGUUGAUGUGUUGCUCAAAAAGGAUGGCCCAUUUCUCUAUGAAUUGUUUUCAGUUAUGGUUCACCAAGGAAGUGCCUCAGGAGGCCAUUAUUUUGCAUACAUUAAAAAUAUGGAUCAAGACAAGUGGUUUUGCUUCAAUGACAGUAACGUCACUUCUGCUUCUAUCGAAGAUGUCCAUCGCACAUUUGGAGGAGUAUCUAGUGGUUGGGCGUCAGGGAAUACAAAUGCUUAUAUGUUGAUGUAUAGACAGAUUGACCGCAAGCGAAAUGCAAGAUUUGUGAAAACUACAGAGCUUGCAGAUCAUUUAGUAAAGUGCUUACAACGAUUCAAGGAACAAGAAGAAGAAAAACAGAAGGAAAAGGAAUAUCAAGAAUCGCUUGUUUCGAUCAAUGUUGCGUUCAAUGGUACUCAUAUAUCAUCAGAUGUUUCAGUUUUAACGCAAGCAAUGAAAUUCCCUUACACAACACAGUUUUGCAAGAUUUAUGAUUCAGUAUUUAAAUCAUUUUGUGAAAAGACUUCGAUUUCACUAUCUAACGUUCGCUUGUUGUUGUGUAAAGAUUUUACGUAUUCCAUUACACGUUCAUUGAAGGCAGGUGAAAUGGAGAAGACUUUGGAAGAAAUAUAUCCGGAGUGUGCCGUUAAAAGCGUGUAUCGUCCCGUUUUAUAUUUUCUGCUCGAUAUGAAGCCAUCCAGUAUGGAGCAUUUUUAUUUUGUAUAUGAUGAAGCAACAGUUGGGACGGUUAAAGUAAUUGCUCUUGAUAUUGAAAAUGGGACUUUCCUACCACCAUUUCAAAUGCAGUAUCAUGAGGACGAGUUAAUCAAAGCGAUUAAACGGAAAGUAGCUCAGAUGUUGCGCAUAGUUCAGUUUGAAUACUAUACUGUGACCACUGAUACUAUCAAUUUUUCUUUCAUUAAACAAAUUUUCAGUGUUGAGGAUAAGACCCAUAAUCUACGUCUUGUUGUUGAUAAAGGGAUUGUUGCUUCACCCACUAUGGUGUUGCUUAAUGAUGAUAAUAUGACAUGUUUGCAAGCUCUGCUCAACGUUACAAACGCUAGAUUGUAUGCUGACGUUGGUGGAAGUGGUCCUUCAACAGAUCAAGAUCGAAAAGUUGAUUUCCACAGGUCGAAAAUGUUCUCAUUAUUGGAGCGAAAAAAUCACUCUAAAAUAUUGACAAUAAAUUUUCCUACUCUAGAAGAAUAUAUGCAAGCCGGAAUUGCUCCACCAAUUUCUCAGAGCUCUAGCCGUUCAGCAACUCCUGCUAGAACUAUUGUUGAUGCGGAUACAGUUACAUCUUCAGAAUUACCAACAAGUAUUGAUACACGCAGUGUGGCUUUUAGGGUAUCAGAAAUAUUAGGAGCAAAACAGACAACUUCUUCAAUGGCUGGCAGUCAUUUGUCAUCAACAGUUUCUGAUCAGGAUAAUAGUACACAGUGCUUGGACGAUGAUGGGGACGUGGAUUCUGUAAAUACAACUUGUACGCCACUAGUAUCACCGGUUGUAUCUGAUAGCGAUGACGUAACCGACAUUACUUCGAUUGGUUUUGCUCGAACAUUGGACGCGAUUACGGCUGUCUCUGAGCAAGAACGGUUGUUUAAAAUGAAAAAUGUGUUAGAAGAUGGUGCAAACACCGCAAACUUUUCGGGGAACACAUUUAUCGAAGGUACACAAACGUACAUCUCGGGGAUGAUUCAGAAUGGCUUUGACGCCAUCAUUCGUUCAGGAUCGCGACGUAAAUCAGCCAGUUGUGAGCUUUAUUUGUUGCAAGUAUUUGAGUGGGUUAGUGAAAAUGGAACUAAUGUAGAAGUAGAUGUCGAUGAUCGACAGCUGGUGAUUAAUAUGAAGCACUGGUUAGCAGUAGUACUCGGACUUGAUACUAAUGAAUUUGUUGUUUUAAAACAUUACGGUGCUGAUGAUGUUGAUGGAUAUGAAAGUGUAACAAAUGAGUCCGAAACUAUCCAUGAAGCUUAUUACGCUGUUCAAAGAUUGUCAAUCAAAUUGCGUUCUCCGCUGAAGGAAAAUGAAAAAUUGUUGCGUAUUAUCCGGUUUGAUCGGGAAAAUACUGAUCAGGAUAAAUGGCCUACAUUAUUCCGUAUACCGGUUACUGUUGAUAUGUCAGUACGUACAUUGCUGAUGCGCUGUCAAGAGCAGCUGAAAAAAAUAUAUGCAGUAGAGUGUGACUUGAAUCAAUUGCGGUUACGAGAUAUGGAUUUGGGUGAUGGAGCACCGGUAAUGUUUUAUAGUGACCAGCUUGGUCAACGAAGUCAUGAUUGGAACAGGAAUUUAUAUUUACAAAUUUUAACAGAUGAGGAAGUUGCUCGGUACAAAGUGCAUGCCUCUCCUGCUUAUCCGGUUAUGGUGAGGCGCUGGAAGCCGUCAUUAUUAGAAGUCUCACCUUUAGUGGAAUUAAUCGUCCCGGUAGCUAGAUUGAACCAAUUUGUAGCGCUUAAAGAACAAAUUUCUCUUCACUAUCGUGUUCCUAUGGAACAGAUUUUGCUUUCCGAAUGGCCAUACACAAAGGAUAGAGUCGAUUUAUAUGAAAAUGUGCGUUUUACGAAUGAAAAUAAACCAUGUGAAGAAGCUUUGAACGGAAAGCUUGUUUAUUUCAAAUUAGCCAAUGAACAAGAACGACAAUUAACAGAAGAAGAGAAGCGUACAAUUAGGUACAAGGAUCAUGCUGUAAAAUCAGGAAAUACUGCAGUUACACGAAGGAAAGAAAGGCCAUUAAGAAUACAGCUGUCAACUAGCAUCACAGAAGAUGACUAA